GAACGUGGUGAUCAGCGUGGCAGUAGCGCCCUCAAGUGAGCCACGCUAUGUACGACGUUUAAGUCGGCGCGCCAUGCAUGCUGUACUGUCGAUGUUGUGACAGUCUUGAAGGCCUAAUAAUUAAAAAAAACUCCCAUAUUAGCUCCAUGCUUAGAAGGUGGUGAUGUUCAUGCCAUGCAAACAAAAGGAAAUUAUUGCAUGCUCCGUUGGCUCAAUAAUAUCAUGUUGCAGUUGUAGCGUGGAACUGAUUGUCAAAACUUCAGAUUUGAAACACGUGUCUGUUGAAGAACUGAGAAAGAAAAAGAAGUAGACAAACUCGAAGAAAAGGCUUAGGAUAAGACAAAUAAGACGGCCCGUGGACGGACGAGCGAAACAUGCGGUCUGAUUGAAUUGUCGACUCUGGGAUAUUAUGCAAAACUACACCACCAUGGCCUGCAUGUCGGAUCAGGGAUCGGUCGUGGACAACCUCUCGUUCGAUGACUAUGACCCGAGCCAAGGCUCGCUGGAUUUCUUUGAGGAUUUUGUGGGCCAGAUGGCGGAAUCGGGUCCGCCAAACAAUGAAGACGUGUACGCCCAGUUGGAGCAGAAGGAGAAAGAUUUGAUCCUAGCCGCGGAGUUAGGAAAAGCCCUUCUCGAACGCAACGAGGAACUCACAAAAAGACAGGAACAGAUGCAACAGGAACUAGCCGACAAAUUUGAGGAAUCGGAACAAGAGAAGCAUCACCUACGUCGUCGACUGGAGACCGUCGGCGGCCAGUACGAGAGCAAGCUAUUGGACCUCCAGACAGAAAUCUCCUCUUUGCAUAAAGAACUGGCCAAUCAGAAGGCAGCACAGAAAACCGUUGAGAGUCAGAAACAGUCGGAGCUAAACGAGCUCUUGGAACAAAACCAGCGACUUGUCCACCAGUUGAAAAAGGCAGCGGAUGUAGAGGAAGAACUGAAUGAACACAUCCAGAGACUACGCGAUCAGGUUCACCUUAGAAGACAGCAUUCACUGAACAGAGAAAACACCCACGUCACGGAAGACUUACAAAAAGAGGUGCAGCGGUUGUCGGCCAAGCGAGGGGAACUGGAGCGGAGACUACACAUGGCGACCAGCGACCGGGACACGCUAGCGUCCAGCCUGAAGGAAUCCAACGACAGGUGUAUGAUGCUAGACAAACAAAGCAAAGACUUGCAACAACAGCUGGGACUGCGCGACACGGAGCUGGCCAAAUUACGGCAAGUCCACAAUGACACGGAAGAAGAACUCGAAGAACUACGCUACCAAGCCACACUGAACGCCUCGAACACCAAUGGCGCGGACUACCAGGGAAAUUCCCUGCUGUCGGAGCUGGGAUUCGAGAUGACCCACAAUGGGGGCGGGGCCAGACUUGGCGAGAGGGAGGCAGACGAUACAAACAUAGAACAGGAUGAUGACGAAAUUGAAUGCGAUGUGGUGGAUGGACCUUUGUACACAGAGUCGGCGAGUAGGGAGGGGGCGGAGCUUAGAACAGAAGUAGGGGGACAUCUUUCAUGUCUUUCUGCAGCUACCGGUAGUAGUGAUGGGAACGAAAGAAACAAAACUGAAAAUUUGUCUACUAGCUGUAAUAUCGAGCAACAAACGUUGCAAGAUGUCUUAAAUGAAGUCCACUCUACCCUUUCGAAACUCGUCCACGAACUCAAAGCCUUCCAAGUAACGCGCAGCCCCAUUGGCUCACCGUGUCACUCGCCCGAAGCAUCAACCAAUGAGAGGUUCCGUAAGGAACAGACUCGGCCGGAGGAAGUCAGGAGUUUACUUAGAGAUUUAACAAGAGUCACAGACAGUAUCACUAAGAGAGGAGAUUGUUUAAGCCAGGGCACCGCGUCCAGUGUUAAUGAUAGUCAGAUCGAAGCAUUGGAGAGCCACAUAGAAGCGUUGCGUGGGGAGUUGUCUAGUACCCAGAGUCACAUCGAACUCCUUCAGGCGGAGAUAGACAGACAAGACAAUGACCUGAAGAGGAAAGACUCAGAAAUAUCUACUAUCACUGUGAAGGUUCGCAGCCUUGAACAGGAGUUAGAGUUGGCGUCGUCCUCCGCUGUCGAUUAUUCAACGUCUUGCGAGGAGACUGAUCUGAGCACGUCCAGUAGUGACGACGACAAGCUUGAGGAGAGAGGAAGCUUGUCUUUAGUCCAUCCCAGGAGAAGGUCCGCAUCGGAGCAUCUUCAAGACAUCUCAUCCAAUGUUAGCCAAGAAGAAGUCAUCGACCGACUGCAGAGUGAAAGGGAUGAAGCCAUUUUAAGGCGGUCAGUCGCAGAGCAGCAGUUGUUUCAAGCCCAGGCCGAUAUGAGCAAGCUGGAUGAUCAGCUGAUUGGAGCUAUCAAGCAGAAAGUCAGUCUGUCGGAACAGCUAGAUCAGUGGCAGAUCGAUAUUCACCAGCUCUUGGACCAACGCCUCAAGAAGCAGCUGACAAGGCAAGAAGUCAGGAAACCAGACCUCAAGAAACACACGGCCCCCUCUCAAAAGAGAUUCCCUUUCUGGAGUUAAUAAACAAACAAAUACGGCCAUAGAUAACAAUGCCACUUUGGCUUUUGUUUUUGUCUUGUUAGGCAAAGUGAAUAGUAGUUGCCAUAGGCAACAAUUCUUGCCCAUUUUUACAUUGAUUUUUGCCAUUGUUGCAUUAUAUGGUGGCUAGCCAUAGCCAUAAAUGUCCAUUCAGGUUUUGGCUUUUGCAACUUUUAAAAGAAAUUCUUGGAAGUCACUCAUACGUCCAUUUUCUAGUUCAAAAACAUCGAAUUCUAUAAUUUAGGAAGAAUUAUUAUAACUGUAUAUUAAAAUUGCCAUUUAGUUGAUUAUAUAUAAUCAAUGCCUUGAUCACUGGAUGACACAAUUGAAAUUCCGACUGAAAUAAUUUAUAUGCUUUAUGAAAAUUUCAAUCGAAGAUCAUAUAUUUUAUAAAAAGAAAGUUUCAAUUUAACUUUCAUUUUCGGAUUUCAAUAUUUUUCACAUUAUAUGAGAUAUGUACAUUGAUGGAAAGAUGUUUGUAUAUAAUUUGAUUGAGUUUUUUAAUGGAAGUUCAGGUUCAAAGACAUUGGUGUUAUUUGUGAAAAUGUGUGACAAUGUGCAAUAUUAGAAUUUAGUCAAUGCAAUCAUUGUAGUGCACUAAGGUAUGGUAGAUCAUUUGUCGUUCGUGCGCUCUCUCUGUUUUAAGCAUAAAAAAAAUGCUCAAAAUCUAAUGACGGUGCCUAAAUACCUGAUGAAGUUUAAGCGCUGGGAAUACUGUCUCUUCCGAGUAAAGAACAUUUUGAUCUCGGUUUGAAUUCAAAUAUUGCCAAAUCAAGUUAUGAACAGCGACCAAAAUCAGCAACUGGGACAGGUUCUCAUUCUGCCAAUUGCAGCUAAGUGAUGUCACAUGCUGAACUGACAAAUAAUAGCAACUGGGUGCACGUGUGCGUCGUUCCAAAGCGAAUUACAAACCAAACUACUAAUUGAAAUUUCAAAAGUGCGUCACUGGAAGCAUCUUUAGAAAUGGCCUUCUUUUUCUUCAAAAUGACAACCGGUGAGCUGUUGAACAAUAAAUUUGCCAGUUACUUUUUGGAUAGCUGCAAAUGAUCUACUCUACCUUUACAUGUAGGUGUAUGACUAGGAGAACCUAGUUAAAGCUAGUCCCAACAUUUCUAUUCAGUUUAACAAGAAUGGCUAUUCACUGGUCUUUUCAUGUAUCUGGUUAGUCUUGGUGGAAAGACGUCCUUAGCGAUGCAAUGUUUCAGCGCGCACAGGUUAUUUAGGACUUGACAGCGGUUCACUGGAACGGGCGCCCUUUAUACAAAUGCCAACAAGCUGCAAAGGACAUCUUGGGAAUCUUGUAUUCUUGCUCGGGAAAUUCUGAGCAGAAUUGUGUGGGCAUUUGCAUGUGCGUACAUGUACGUGACGUACAUGUAGCAUCUCUGGUUUUUCAACGUAGUGCAGUUUUUUAAGCCACUCGUGUAAAGCUUGCAAGCCUGUACGCUGCAUUGGAUCAAAACUGUUGGUCUGCCUAGUGCUAUCCAAUACACAUGUGCAUGUACGAUUGGUCACCUAAGGGUUAAUUUUCAGAACAGCUCUUUUGUUUCCACCCAUUCGCAUGCGCUGUUAGAGGUGUGCAUUUACAGGUAGUGCAAGAACCGGGUACUACUCUUUGAAAAAAAAAAAAAGUUAUAAAGAAACCCGUGCCAAACAUUCAAAUCUGGGAAGUUGCUGUUCAGAUUGUUCAUAAAGGUCCGCAUGAUACUACUACCACAUCAGUGCGGUAAUACGGCUAGAUAGCAUGUACAUGUAUACUGUGAGCUCUAAAUUUAUAGCCACAUGUAUGUGGUGAAAAAUGCCACUUUCGCAAACAUCAUAAAACCUGAAAUUGGUUUGGGUUUUCCAUGCAUCUUGUUUUUCAUUUUGAAACUAUCCCACUGACAUUCGACAUGUUCGAAAUGUUUAUUUUUCAUUUACUGAGAAGCUACUGAGUAAUUUGUAAAGUUGGUUACAGGUACUCGAUUCCAUAAUCUGGAACCGGUUCCUGACAUUAACGGUGGGGAGCUCGGGUACCCGGUUCUGAUGCACAAUCCUAUGCGCUUUUAUUUUGCAUAUGAAGUCAAGCCUAUUUCAAUGGAAGAUCCCAAGAUGUUCUUUGCGUGCGCUUAGUCGACCUGGCUGUAUGGGACUGGGAACAUGCAUGCUGCUGCUGCACACAGUACAAAGGCUGUACCGUCUAUCAUAAAUACCCCGCUAUGAACGUCUUUACACCAAGACUGGUAUCUGGUCUACGCAAUGGGCCAUAUAUUUAGCCUAUUAAACAAAAAACGAACCAAAUUUUUGUUUCAAGUGACGUCGCAAUUAAGGUAGGCACUGCGUACACCAUCUUUUCUUCAACAAAUGGUUAAAGUGGUCAGAAAUAAUCUCAGAUCCCACCACAGAGCAUCUAGAAUCCAAAAAAUGUUCGGGACCCUUAAGCUGCACUCUACCCAUUACAAUGUAGGUUUAUAUUCUGUGCAAUAUUCUGUAAAGUGCAAAUACAAAUUGACUUUUACAACU